AUGGAAGACAUUAUCAUGGAUAUCGGCCAAGAAGCUAUGCAAGAAAAAGAAGUUUCGAAAACUAGUAACGGCAAUGAUCCUUAUGAAGAUGCCUUGGUUGAUUCAAAUUCCGGCUCACAAACAAAGACUGAAACGAACAGAGAAAACGAAAACAUUAAAGUGGAAAACAAUAAAGAGCCGCUUUAUCACUUUAUAGAGAAAGUUCAAACGGAAGCUGUUUGUGAGAUAAAACCUGAUGAUCUUGCUAAUGGAGAAGGAGGAGGAGAAAGUGAUGGAGGAAAUAAUCAAAAAAGAAAAUGUGAUCCGUGUUUGUUUGACGAUAUUGAAGAAAAUGCAAUUUCAUUCUGUGUGGUUUGUGUCGAGUAUCUAUGUAAAGGCUGUGCUCGCGACCAUAAAAGGAGCAAAACAACAAGGAACCACACAGUAUUAUUUAAUGACGAAAUACCGAAGGAUCCCGCAGUAUUCAAGAUGAUGAAGUCAUUGGUGUCCUGCUCGGAUCAUCCUGAAAUGGAAGUGCUCUUUAAAUGCGGAAGGCAUGAUAAAUUCAUUUGCACAAAAUGUUUAGUUGUUAGUCAUAGGAAAUGUGAGGAAGUAAAGGAGGUUUCAAACCCUACAUUACAUGUACAAGGUAAUAUGAGUGGAAAUACUAAUACUUCACCGUCAGAUUUGUUGCAAGCUGUCUAUGACAUGACUGUUUCAGUACGGAUUGCGAAAGAAGAAAAUAUUGAAAGGCUACAUCUUGACCGCGCUUGUAUUAUAAAAGAGCAAUCAGAAUUUAUUGAAAGUCUACAAAAACAUCUGCUGAAGCUUAAUAAAGAAUCCAAGACCGAAAUGGAAAAUAUGAUAACAAAAGAGCUUAAUGAGUUACAGAAGGAAGUUGGUAUAUGUAAGGAAAUAGAAAAUGUAGAAAUGAAGAAGAAAGAGCUGCUUGAUGUCGCAAUGAGGUAUGGUAGCGCUGUCGAACUAAACGUGAUUUCCGAAUUAGUAAUCAAAGAAACCAACGGUUUAAAAUGUGAAACUAAGCGGCAAGCAGAAAAGGCAGCUGUUCGUCUAAAAUUUGAAAGGAACCAAAGUCUUACAGAUGUCGCAACAACUGGAACUGUGCAUGUUGUAAGGGGCGAGAAGAAAGAUGUUCAACAGGAUGAAAAUCCAAAAAAUCAAAUUUUAUUGGAAAACUCGAGCGACGAUAUAGUUGAGACGUCAUCGAAUGCCGGAAAUUCGUCCCAUAAAAAGACAACAAGCAGCAAUUUAAACAAGAAUCAAUGUCCAUUAAUGCAAAGCUCUGUCAACAGAAUGAGAACGUCAUCGAACGCCGGAAAAUCGUCCAAUGUAAAGACUACAAGCAGCAUCUUCGACAAGCACCAAUGUCCAUUUAUGGAAAGCUCUGUCAGCAAAACGAGAAUGAUGCAUGAUUUACAUCAAACCACUGCUGCAUUUAAAUGUUCUCUAACAAAUAUUUUGGUUUUGUCGGACGGGUGCAUUGUUGUGACAGACUAUAACAACGAAUGUAUUACGAUACUUAAUCUGGAUAUGUCUAUAAAAAUGAAAUUCGAACUGGAUGGAGAGCCAAUAGAUUUUUGUCACACUUCAAAAGAUCACUUGGCUGUCAUAUUUGAUGGCGAGAAGAUGAUUAACAGAUUCGUGGUUACAAAGAAUACAGUGUGUAGUGAUGGAAGAUUCCCUACCAAACUGUACCCAAUUAGUAUCGAACAAUCAAAUGCAAAUGACAGUCACGUUAUUAUAUUGUUUUCCGAUGAAGUGAAAACAACACCAAAAAAUAGUGACAGCGAUACUGUCGAGAUACAGAUUCGAAGCAUUCGUAAUGGCGCAAUGAUUAAGCAAUUAACAGAUUUCAAAACCAAAUCAUCGCUUAAGAUGAUUAUGGAAAACCCUGGUCGAAUUCGCGUGUUGCCGAACGUUCAAAACAGUCUCCUGAUUUCGGAAAAUAAGAAGUUUCACUGUUUUGAGGUUGAUCAGACAAAUUCAGACACAAUUAAAGAAAAGUGGUACUAUAAGAGUUAUAAAGGAAGAAUUAUAGAUGAUAUAGCUGACAUUGCUGUGGACAAAGAGGGAAACAUUUAUGUUUGUGGAAAGGGUUCCAAAAACAUCCAUCAGAUAUCAGGUUCAAACUUCAAGAAAAACAGGGUACUCCUAUCGGUACCCGGAUCCCCUCAGUCUCUGUGUGUAGAUGACGAAAGAAGACGCUUGAUUGUGGGUUGUGAAAACGAUGACUUCAUCUACGUUAUUGCAUUAGAAUGA